CGAGAGAGAGAGAGAGAGAGAGAGAGAGAGGGAGGGAAGGAGACGUCGGGUCAGAGAAGGUAGGUGCACUUUCAAUCCAGCUGUGUUUCCACCUCCCUCUCCCAAAUUCGAAAGGAUAGCCGUUGCCUGUAACAAAGUAACCUGUGACUUGAAAAACACCUAAUUCCCUUCUUACAUUUCUUGCAAUCUUACCUGAUAGAAAGUUACAGGUUGAGACUCUGUUACCUGUAACAUUUCUACCCCAAACACAAACUGUCAGGAAGUCACCUGUAACUUUCUUACAUUUUACAGAAGUUACAGGCAUCCAAACGGCCCCUAAUGUCCUCAAAAUUACUACACGAUGCGCCCCUCGAAGCCGAAAGCCAAACAGUACUUUCUCUCAGAGAAUCCCACACUCUCCUUCACCAAAGCCUCAAACCCCCAUUCCCUCUAACAAUCCCUUCCCCAUCAGAGUACAACCGUCUUAUCUACGCCCUAGCUUACGGCAUAUUGACCGAACCCCAGCUCGCCAAAAUCCAUUUCACCCACUUGGCCGCCAUCGUCACCGACGGCUACAAUCUCUUUGUGACUACCCUCAUCAACAUUGUAAACGAAUCGUACCUGAAACUUCUUGGGCCGUCGCGGACCCAACUGAUUUGGGUCUGUUCGAAAUUGGUUGAUGUUUCCGCCGUCGGUAUUGAAAAUCUUUUAGUAUCUUUAUUGAGGCAGAUUAAUGGUGGGGAUUUCAGCGAUGGGAAUCUAUGGUUGCCGAUGGUGUUGAUUCGGGUUUUCACUGAAAAGUGGAAUUGGGUGAUAUCUGAACCAUCAAUUCUUACAAGUGCUCUAUUCACGUAUCUACGGCUGUUGUCUGAUCAUUAUAGGUUAUCAGGGCCGGAAUUAGAUAAGCUCAAGCACUUGGAAAUUAAUUUUUGCAUUCGUGUUUUGAGGGAAUGUUUCUGUUCGUGUUUGAAAAUAGGAAGAGAUCUUAUUCGCCCGUUGCAAGAUCUAGUGCAUAUUCCCGAGUUUCGAGAUUUGUGGAAGGACUUGCUGUAUAACCCGUCUGUGUUCCAGGUUCCAGGGUUUUCGGAUAUUUCACAGAUUUUCCAUUCAAGGACGUCAAGUAGGUAUUUUUUGCUUCGGAUUAGGCCGGAGAUGGAGACCCAGUUGCGGUUCUUGCUCACUCAUGUGAAAUGGGGGAGUCAGAAGCGGUACCAGUCAUGGUUCGCGAAGAAAUUCCUUUGUGGGCCCGAGCGGGAGACGAUUAUUUGUGACCUUAUUCGAUUUGUUUGCUGUGCCCACCACCCUCCGAAUGAAAUUAUCCAAUCUGACAUCAUUUCGAGGUGGGCCGUGGUCGGGUGGCUUCUGAAGUGUUGUAGGAAGAACCACGCUGAGGCUAAUGCGAAGCUGUCAUUGUUUUAUGAUUGGCUUUUCUUUGAUGAGGAAGUCGACAAUAUCAUGAACAUUGAGCCUGCCAUUCUUUUGAUGGUGCACUCCAUUCCAAAAUACAUGGAUAUGACUCAAACCCUUUUGGAGUUCUUGUUUCUGCUUGUGGAUAAUUAUGAUGUUACUCGUAAGGAUAUCAUAACUCGGGGUGUUUCAGCAUCUUUCAGUGCGAUUAUUAGAAAAGGAGUUGUCCAUUCUUUUGAAGCUUUGACUUCUUGCGACUCUCUUUCUCCUCUUCUCAAAGAGAGGCUUUCCACGUUCCUUCCAAACUUAGAAUCAGGAAUUGUUAGAGAGCCAUCGGCCCGUCUUCCCCUUCACCCCUUGCCGUUUAAUUUACCUAGUUCAUCAAAUGUCGAACGUGGGCCGCCACAAUUUAGGAAGUCGGGAAUCUCUAUGCGCCAUGAAAGAAAUGUACUUCAUACCAAAGCUGUUGAUUCUGCCAUUCGGGAUGCUGCAAAAGAUUCAUUGGCUCAUCUACCGGCAAAUCCCCAGCCAUUGAAUUUACUGAGUCCAUCCAAUGUUGAAAGUGGUCCACUCCAUUUUAGGAAGGUAGGACUCUCUACGGAACAUGGAAAAAAUGGCCUUCACACCAAAGCUGUUGAUGCUGCCAUUCCAGAAGCCAUUAAAGAUGCAUCAAUGGCUCAUCUGCCAGCAACUCUCAUGCCAUUGAACUUACCUGGUCCAUCCAAUGUUGAAAACACGCCAUCCCAUUUUAGGAAGUUGGGACUCUCCAUAGGCCACGAAAGAAAUGGACUUGUCACGAAAGCGGUCGAUGAUGCUGUUCAAGAAGCUAUUAGAGAUCCAUUGGCCUGUCUUCCACUAAAUCCUGUGCCAAUGAGUUUACCGAGCCAAUGCAAUGUCGAAAGCAUGCAACCACUAUCUACGAAGUCUGGGCUCUCAGUUGGACACAAAAGAAGUGGAGUUCAUGCCAAAGCAGCAGCUGCUGCUGUUCUUAAAAUCUCAGACAAUCCAGUUUCCUGCACUAUAGUAAAAUCUAAUGAGAGUCAGAUUCAUAUUCAAGAGAGUUCACUCCAUGAUCUCGAAGCAGCUGUUAAAGAGUCAAAGGAAAGGGGCCUUGGUACUUUGGAGAAAAUAUUGUUUUCUUAUGCAGCCAUUGAUAAUGGAGAAUUUGAUGCCGCAAUUGGAGGGAAUUCGGUUUUCAGCUCAGAAGCAUUAGCUUGUCAAAUAACAGAUGCAUUCAAAUCGAAUGGAUACACGAUGUUCACUUAUAUCAACUGUUCGUCAAUUGAAGUAGACUAUGAUGAUGAAAUUCAGUCCGCGACCUCCGUGGUUAUUCGUGCCUUUAUCUUUUCUCCGAAUGAAAGGAUGAAAGACUUGCUUUUGUUUUGGACCAAAAAAGGUCAUGCUGUUGGGCCACGCUUGCUAUCUUAUGCAUCAAGACUUGCAUAUGACGCAAAUGUGAUGUGUGGCUUGAGCAAUCCAAAUGAUCAUCAGAAACCUAUUAACCACCAUUACCAUGAUGGUGGCCCAUCAAAUGGGGAUGCACUGAUAGAGGGCAAUGAAAAUAACACUAGUGAGGAAAUUGACUCGGUGAAGUCGUUAUUGAAAUGUCACAUUGAUGGUUACAUUUCUUUUACGAGAAGUACAAGCAAAGAUCCUCCCAAUGCCAUCAUUCCUAUUACAGUGCAUGCUAAAUUCAUUGCUGAGUUGGUAGAAAGUGCUUUUGUUGCUUACAAAGGCUUUCUAAAGAUCUCUAGCAUGAAACUGCCACUGUCACAUGUUCAUGGUAUUUAUCCAACGCAAGAUGGUUCAAAUAGCAUUUCAUGUAAUGGGGCGAAAGAAAUGGAUCGAACUCUAUCCAUGAUGCUGUUUUCUGAUUUAAAAUCUUGUUGUGGGUGGAGAGGGAAACGAUCAAAGUCAUUAUUCAGCUGUAUCUUUUGCCAUCUAUCUGAUUUAUCCAUCGCAAGGGAAGAUUUCAUUCGGCUGCUUGUGGAUGUGUUAGAUCAUGUGGAUCUUGUCAGUAUACAAUUUGAGGUUGGUUUGAAGAGAUUUCCUAUAUUUGGCGAGGACACUAAAAUGAUACUUGACUUAGUGAGGAGCACUUGCUAUUGGGAUUUCGUUGAACAACAGAAAUUGUGGGGUCUGUUGAUAUCAGAGCUGGCAGUUUCCAAGGUUCAGGUCGAAAAUAUAGUUUUGGACAUGUGCUCCGGUUUUAUAGAUAUGAAUGAAAAUUCUGUGGCUUUAGAGGGGCUCUUGAAACUGCUUAGGAGUUGUUCUCCUACACGGAAACUUGUUGCUACUAUUAUGUCAUUACCUAGUGCCUUUAGUAACUUUGCUGCUGCAGUUUUGGCCAGUUGGGUUGCCUCUAAUAGAUCAAUGUUCUUUGGUUACUUAGCUGACUUGUUACAGAAUAGUAGCAACACAGAUGAUGGUUCUCUAUCUUUCAGACCUGCUGCUGCUAGUAUAAACCGUUCUGCCAUAGCAGGGCUGUUGGAUUUUCUUGACAAGGAUGGAAUGAAUAGUUCAGAUAGUUUGAGUUUGGUGCUUGGAAGUGUUUCAGAAAUCAAGGCCAAGCUAGCUUACAUGAUGGUGCUGCAUGAUAGCAGCUGAGCCUUGUAAUGAAGGGUGGUCCAUAUAUCUGGUUAAGUAAGUCUAAUUGUUCUUUGCGAUGAUGGUUAUUUUUAGUAUCCAGUUGUAAAAAUGUGAACUGCAUUCUCUAAUAGAUUAUUCAACUUUUGCAUUGUCUGGCAGAUCAUUCAGCGUUGCCUUUCAUUCUGAUGGACAUCAAUUAGCAGCUUCUUUUACCUGAGAGAUUAAACCAGGUAGUUUAUGUUGAGGAACAUUGAACUAGACUGUGUUCGGAUGCUCUAUUGAAUUGAAUUGCAAUUCUGUGGAAAUGACCUUGGGUAACCUCACUCCCUUCAUGAUGAGGGACUGGCCCCCCAACUUGCAAUUUUGCAGCAUUUUAAGUUCAACUUGAGAUGCACGGAGUUGCAAUUAUGGGUUGAUCAUUGUAAUGAUUUGAAUGGCCCCGCCCCCUUUUUUCGAUAGGUUAAAAUGGAGCCACAUCCAUCUUCGUCAUUCCCCAAAUUAAUGUAAUUCAGCCCAACUGAGCAUCCAAUCACAUCCUAAAUAAAAUAGAGGAAACAGAGAGCGCAUGGUCAAUGUGCUACCCUUUCUGGGACAUUUCUAUCCAUUUCUGUUUCAAUUAAAUUGCCAAGAUCGAUGCCCUGCUAACUGCCAUAAUGACAUAUGCUCCCUCCCUGUAAGUGCAGUGCUCGUUCUCGUUUCUUGAACAAAAUUAUGGCUGGGGCUUAUGUCCCUGUGGGUGCUGUUAAGCUGUCACCAGCAAUAUGUAGAGGACAUCUCCAGCUGCUGUCAGAUUCAUUACACCUUUUACACUUCUUCUCGCUGUGUUAACUUGAGGCUUUGGGCAUUGCUUGCAAGCAGAUACAUUCGAAGAAGAGAAAUAGACUCGAGCAACAGAGAUUGAUUGCGCUUGUCUUCAUAAAAUACAAUCUCUAGCUCAAAGUCCAUCAUGCGAAGAGAGAGAAUGACCAAGGACUUGAUUCUAUAUGUUUAUCAUAUAUGGAAUUUGAUGAUAAAUGGAUCACUGAGAAGGAGGAUCUUGCACUUUCUACAGAUAACACCUAGAUGGACAUAGGUGAAUGCUUUCUCGAGGGAUUGGACGUUGUGCAAGGUGUAGGCGAAUCUACCUCACGACGGGAUGGGCGACAUGAGAUGAAAAGGACAUCCACUCUGUGUAUACAUGGAUGUCGAAGCGUGUAGGGAAAAUAUCUGGCUUUGAGGAUAUUUUUCAAGGUUAUCAUACUAAAGGUGAUGUUCAGUCAACUUAUGUUGGUGCCGUUUUCCACAACAAUGAAAAUAUCACCUAUCGUUCAACAAGAACAAUGUAUGUGAGACUGGGGCUUUCAUGUAUGAGGAAAAUGGAUGGUUAGGAAGAGCAGUAGUCCACAUUCAACAUGCUCCGGUGGCCCACCUGAUGAGUGGACUGACCUGAGUCUGUGCACAUUCAUAGUUGCCCCAUCUGAUAAUGGCCCAGAUGUUGUACAUACAUUUGCAGUUGAAACCAGUCCAACCAUUGGCUCUAGCCCGGAUUUUAAAACACAGGUCUGAGAGAGACAUUACCUCAGAUUACAUAUACUCAUAUGGAAACCCUUUUUUACCGGUGUUCCUCAAGGUGCCUUCCAGAUAGAACCCUACUCUCCAAGAAUUCUCCUCUCCUAGCUGCCCCACCACUCAUUCAGCAAUUGGACAAUGAUGCCUGAUCUCAUACCUAAAGGGCCUGUUUGGUUUUCCUACAAUGGAAAUUGUAAAAACCAAACAGGCCCUAAAUGCGCCAACCAUGGUAAGCUCAGAUCCCAACUGGUUGUUGUGAAAGACACCGAACUGCCUGGAGGUGUGGUGUAUCGGUUACUACAGGAUGAGAUGUGCAGCGAGCCUUGGCAAUGUGGAUGACAUGCUGGUUGUGUGAGAUUGUUACUGGUGGAGAAACAUUAUUAAGUUGGAGAGGUUACAAAUUUCCAAUUGUACAUCAUUUAUCAAAACACAAGUAUAUAUUGUUGUACACUGAUCAUUUUGGAAAGUUCAGAUUGCACUUGGUUAAGGGAUGCAGAAUUGAAUUGAAUUGUAAACAGUAGGUUUCAGUUCAAUAAAAAAGAGAUGACUGAAGUC